AUGGCGCUCAAGAUCACGCGGAUUGUGCUGGGCGGCAACCUUUACGAAGUCAACUCUUACGUUGCGGCACCGGACGGAGUUGCCCGGGGCGUCAUUCAUGGAAUCGACCCGGAUACCCCGUCCGAGGAGCUUAUAACUCACCUAAGGCACAUGGGACACCGAUCGGACGUUUGUCCUACCCCGAACACCAAACUCUGUCUCGCUUGCGGGACGCACGACCCGACGGACGACCACGGGGUCUCGCUCAAGUGCGCCGUCUGCGGCGAAGCCCAUGCCACGGGGUCUCGCAAGUGCAAGCAAAAGCUAAAGAACAGCACUACCACCAAAAAGCAUCCUCCGCCCGGAAGGAGGAAGGAAGACGACGACAAUGAUGGAGGAAGGCCAAGGCGAAGCCGCCUGCGGUGGUUCAGCUCGGAAUCCUCGGCGAGCCGCUCAAGGUCCCGGGCCCAGUCCAGGUCAAGGUCCCGGUCAAGGUCCCGAUCCCGGUCCCAGUCCAGGUCCAGGUCCCGAUUCCGCUCCGUGUGGCCAAAGCUAGGAGAGAAGCAAGGGCAGCGGCAGCCUUCUACCUCGACAUCCACGUCGAAGCAGAAGAACAAAUCAGUCAAGAAGAACCAAGCAAACAACAACAAGCGGGUCGACGACGAGAGCAGCAACCCACGCAUCAAGGCGUACAGGCGCAUAAACAACACGGGUGACGUCAGCGACGCCGACAGCUGCGACGGCGGUGCCAUGAACGUCAGCAAUGGCUAA